AAUGAGAUGAAUACGCGGCUUAUGAACGGGAACGCAUGUGCAACAGCUACCUGUCUACGAAGCACCGAGCCCGAACAGAUAAAAACUUCGGGGGGCUAUCAAGAGUUGCCGAUGGAUCUGUUUCUGUGUUUAUAUCUGUUACUUAUUUUUGUUUCCACAUACGCGUUGGCCUAAAUCACUGAUCGGAAAGUCAACUUCAUCCUAUUCUAACCUAACAAAAAUACCGACAUACCGAAAAAUGCGUACCGCCACCAUAUGAUAGAAACAGCAAUCGAGAAACGGAGAAGACUUGGAUCGUCACCGCGCGCGUGUAGUAGUUUUACAAUAAGGAACUCGCCGAGGGGAAACGUUCGAUCUAAGCUAUGUUCCAAGUCUGACUUAGUUUAGGAUUCAUCUGAGGUUAGGAGUUUUGCAUAUUACUUUUUUUUUUCCCUGCUCCUGUUCGUGAACACGACUAGUGAUAGUGAAUCGCUGUUUGACACUUUGUUAAAAAAUUUCUCGAGUUCGAAAUCUCGCGAGAACAACAUUGAAACGCUAAUUCAACGUGUUUUGUUCGAUUUACCAGUCUUCAAAUUUCACUUGCAUCGAGAAGAAUUGAUAACACACAAGAUACAAUACAACAAACGUCUGGAACAAUCAUCUUUUAUUAUCAAAAUUAAUCAAUUUUCAGGUUGCUCAGAUUAAUAGAUCGCGAUCUAUUGAGUGGAAAUACGUAACAUAAUUUCUCGUAUAUAUGUAUAUGUAUAUGCACAAAGUUUUAGAAACAUAAUUUGAGAAACAAGUACAUCAUUUUCAAUGAGAACGCAAGUAUUGGGAAUUUUGAGUUCAGCAAAGUUUUAUGUUAUACGUAAAUCAUUUUGAGAAACUGUUAUACAUGUAAUAUUAUAUAUUGGACAUAAGCCAAGUGAUGUCUGUCCCUUCAUCAUCGUCUAAUAAGAUAACUGAUAAACCAGGUGGCACAAGUCCAAGUCCUGUUGAAGGGAUUGAAGGUGUUCCAGGACCUAGUUCUUUAGAACCUAUGCAUUCCUUGUUAACGCAGGAUGAGGAAUCAGAAGAUUAUGGGGAGGAUGGCGAAGAGGAAGAAGAAGAUGACAGUAGUGAAGAAGAUAGUGAAAUCAGUGAUACCGGAAUAUUUUGCGAUGCAGAAUGUGAACCUGACCUUGAUAGUAAUACAUGUUCACUUUCAUCAUCGCAGCCACAGUCGUUUUCGCAGCGAGUACACAGUCCUGUUUUACAUACAUGCGUACCCUUGGACGUCGUUCAGCCACAAAGGAAGCGUAAAAAUGAAACUGAAUCGAAUUUACCUUCUAAAAAGCUUAACCCGGAAGACAAAUCCCACUCAAUGAUCAUUAAGAAAUUGGAUGAUAAAAGCAAACAUACGAGAUGCGUUAUCCCAACGAAAGAUAAUCCUCCACCAGAAAUGAAUAAUUGGCUUCUUCAGUUUCAGAGAUGGUCAAAUGCAGAAAGAAUGCUAGCUAUAGACGAAUUAAUUGAACGAUGUGAACCAACACAAGUACGACAUAUGAUGCAGGUUAUUGAGCCUCAGUUUCAAAGAGACUUUAUAUCGUUGUUGCCAAAAGAGUUGGCUUUGUCGGUAUUAGCUUUCCUCGAACCUAGGGAUCUUUUACGUGCUGCCCAAACAUGCCGAAAUUGGCGAUUUCUUGCUGACGACAAUUUGUUGUGGAAAGAAAAGUGCAGAGCAGCAGGUAUAGAAGAUUUAAAGGACCUGCCUCCGACAAAACGUAAGAAUUGUAGGAAUUCUGGUAACUGUUCGUCCCCGUGGAAGCAGGCAUAUAUGAGACAACACAACAUAAAGAUGAACUGGAGAACAAAACCUAUUCGUACACCAAAAGUUUUAAAAGGGCACGAUGAUCACGUUAUCACUUGUCUCCAAUUCUCUGGUAAUCGUAUAGUAAGCGGUUCUGAUGACAAUACUCUUAAAGUGUGGUCCGCCGUUACAGGCAAGUGUUUAAGAACAUUAGUUGGACAUACUGGUGGUGUAUGGUCCUCUCAAAUGUCUGGCACUACUGUAAUCAGUGGUAGUACAGAUCGCACCUUGAAAGUCUGGAAUGCUGAGACUGGUCAAUGCAUUCAUACUUUAUAUGGACAUACAUCAACGGUCAGAUGUAUGCAUCUACAUGGUAACAAAGUAGUCAGUGGUAGUAGAGAUGCAACUUUAAGGGUAUGGCAAGUGGAUACUGGUGAAUGUUUACAUGUGCUUGUGGGCCAUUUGGCAGCUGUUAGAUGUGUGCAAUAUGAUGGAAAAUUAGUAGUUAGCGGCGCCUACGAUUAUAUGGUUAAGGUUUGGAAUCCGGAACGCGAGGAGUGCCUUCAUACUUUACAAGGACAUACAAAUCGUGUUUAUUCUCUGCAAUUUGACGGUGUACAUGUUGUUAGCGGUUCUCUGGAUACAAGCAUAAGAGUAUGGGAAGUUGAAACCGGUGCAUGUAGACAUACAUUAAUGGGACAUCAGUCGCUCACUUCUGGAAUGGAACUGCGUAACAAUAUCCUGGUAUCUGGAAACGCAGAUUCAACAGUUAAAGUAUGGGAUAUUGUUAGUGGACACUGCCUUCAAACCUUGUCUGGUCCAAAUAAGCAUCAGUCUGCUGUCACUUGUCUUCAAUUUAACAGUCAUUUUGUAAUUACUUCAUCCGACGAUGGUACAGUUAAAUUGUGGGAUGUUAAAACUGGUGAUUUUAUAAGGAACUUGGUUGCUCUCGAAAGCGGCGGAAGUGGUGGUGUUGUGUGGAGGAUACGUGCAAGUGAUACAAAACUGGUGUGUGCAGUAGGUAGCCGUAAUGGCACAGAGGAGACCAAACUUCUUGUUCUCGAUUUUGACGUAGAGGUAAAAUAGUGUACUCUUUUGUGGAUGGAACUGCCCUCUUCUAUGACCUCUGUACAUAUACUGAUUAGAUAGCGUAACUGAUCAACUGUACAAUUACAUAUUACAUACGUGGUGUGUUUGUGAUAAGAAUGUAUGUGGAAAAUUUAAAGAGAGAUCGCAGAAAGUCAAACGCUGAAUCGGUAGUUGUUGUAAAUGAUCUCCAAAGUGGUAGAACAUUUAAACCGAAGGCAUUAAUUAUAUUAAUUACGAAGUGUAUCAAUCGUGGUGUACAAAUAUGAGAUUUCAAAGACUCAACAAAUUACGGAGAACGAGGAGCUUAUAAGUGUAUUAUUGUAUUACUGCUGUUAUGAAAUUUAAAAGAAAUCGCUAGUAAUUUAAAUGAAAGAUAGCCCUCUAUGAAUAUUAACUCUAUGUAACGAUUUGUAUGGGCGUUUAGGAAAGUAUUUUUAAAUUACGGAAAAAGAAAGAUUUCGUACCAUAUUUGUCAAGCUUAUAGAUAAAAAUAUCGCUUAAAGAAUCUCACAUUUUGAAAACAAAAAAAAAAAGAAGAAAAAAUAAAUAACAUCAAAAGGAAUGAAAAGUUAAGAAAAAAAGAAAAGAAAAUAAUCACAAAAAUAUUCUUUGUAUUAUAAGUUCUUCUUUAUUGCACUUUAUAUAGCUUAUUUAAAUUUUUCAUUUGUUAAUUAAAUUAAUUAUUAUGGGAAUUGUGCAUAAUUUAUUGGAUGAUAUAAUCAAUAUUUAAUGACUUUUUAAUGAAAUGAACGCUGUUGUUUUUUUAUUUACUUUGUUUUAUUUACAUCAAUUUUUAUUAUAUCAUCUAAAUCUGUUUAUUCAGAUAUUCAUAAAAAAUAUCAUACAAUUAUAGAACUGAUUUUUUUUUAUUCUAUGAUACGUUUUGGAAAAGUGAUUUACUAGUAUUUUACUAGAAUUUGGAUAUUUUCUUGCUCUUAUAUUGUUAAUCAAAAUAUUAGUGAACGUGUUACGUAGAGGAAACAGCUAUACAUAUGUCGUAACUUCAAAUACAAAAGAUAAGUUCAGUAACUUUGUCUUUUCUAUCUGUUAAUUUAUGAUAUACGCAUAAACAUGUGUUUAUCAUAAUUAGUUACGUUAUAUUAAUUUUAAAUUGCAAAAUAGAAUUUUUCAAAAUAUAGAACAAUAUUUUCUCUCUUUCUCUCUCUUGAAUUUAGUUAUAAAUAUAAUUACAUAUAUUGCAAAAGGAAAAUAAUAUACAAUUUAUUUAUAAUGUACAAAGAAUACAUACAAGAUCAAGUUAUAUUGUAUAAAUAAUAUUUUAUUAAACAUUUUUUAGUUUUUCUAUAUUGUAUCGAAAUGUGUUUUAUUAUUUUUAUAAUCAUCGUAUAAAUGAUUACAAAGAGCGAUUUACCUCGAUUAUACCUCGCGACAGGAAAAUUUACGCCUUUGUAUUUGUUUGUUAUCAAAUGCUUGCCAUUAUAGUAUCAGAUUAAUUUCCCAUGCGUAACAUGUUCAAAAAACAUUUACUAUUUAUUGUUCGCCCGAUCAGACAACCAGAAUUAAUCAAAAAUUCGUGAUACUAAUUUAAUUGGAUUGUCUACGUUUUUUAAACGAAAUACUUUAAUUUUUACAUUAGUAACAAGUCUGGUUUUGCCAUGGUGCAAUAAUAAGAGUUGCAAGUUUAUCCUGUGCAAUAAGCACGAAUCAACUGGACGACAUGAAAUCAGUUAUCAUGCAAGAAUAAACAUAAA